AUGUCCUUCCGACCACCGAAGACUUUACCAAUACUUUCCAUCUUCCACAAUGCACAACUACCAUUAUCUCGGCAGGCAUUGAGUUUGUUACAAAGCCGGCAACAACGACCAAGUGGGGAAGACGUGUACCGCGUAGAUAUCAUUGGCACCGAUACAUUACCAACCAAGGAUCAAUUACAUCAAAUGGCAUCCUAUCUUCAUGGCUGGCAACCACUGUUGGCCAAGACAGCAACUUCACCAAGCAAUAUCCAGGAUGCGCAAGACUUGUUAUUGAACGAACCAACUGCACUCAAUCGUCCCAUUGUUGUUGACUGGUCAAACGGAAAAGCUGCCGUUGGUGAUUCUUCUUUGGAUACAAUUGAAACUCUUUUACAACAACGACUGAAAUCAAAGAAAUAG